AUGCAUGAUGUAAAGGUUAAAAAUAUGGCAAAAGCUCCCGCUGUAGGUAUUGAUUUGGGUACCACCUACUCGUGUGUGGGUGUAUUCCAGCACGGUAAAGUGGAAAUCAUCGCCAAUGACCAGGGCAACAGGACCACUCCCUCAUAUGUCGCGUUCACCGACACUGAGCGUCUCAUCGGAGAUGCCGCUAAAAACCAGGUGGCGAUGAACCCUAACAACACUAUUUUCGAUGCCAAACGACUUAUUGGUCGCAAGUUCGAGGAUGCUACUGUACAAGCCGACAUGAAACAUUGGCCAUUUGAAGUGGUCAGUGAUGGAGGCAAACCAAAGAUUAAGGUAGCAUACAAAGGUGAAGACAAAACCUUCUUCCCCGAGGAAGUAAGCUCAAUGGUGCUUACAAAGAUGAAGGAAACAGCCGAGGCAUACCUCGGCAAAACGGUGCAAAACGCAGUCAUCACGGUUCCAGCGUACUUCAACGACUCACAAAGGCAGGCCACAAAGGAUGCAGGUACCAUCUCUGGCCUUAACGUUCUCCGAAUCAUCAAUGAACCCACUGCUGCUGCGAUUGCGUAUGGUCUUGACAAAAAAGGAAGUGGAGAACGUAAUGUCCUUAUUUUCGAUCUCGGUGGUGGUACUUUCGAUGUGUCAAUCCUGACCAUCGAGGAUGGUAUCUUCGAGGUUAAAUCCACCGCCGGUGACACGCACUUGGGAGGCGAGGACUUCGACAACCGCAUGGUGAACCACUUCGUCCAGGAAUUCAAGAGGAAGUACAAGAAGGACCUCACUACCAACAAGAGAGCGCUCCGUAGGUUAAGAACCGCCUGCGAGAGGGCGAAGAGGACCCUUUCUUCCUCUACCCAGGCGAGCAUUGAAAUCGAUUCUCUCUUCGAGGGUAUCGAUUUCUACACAUCCAUCACCAGGGCUCGUUUCGAGGAACUGAACGCCGAUCUCUUCAGGUCCACCAUGGAACCCGUCGAGAAGUCACUCCGCGAUGCUAAAAUGGACAAAUCUCAAAUCCAUGAUAUCGUACUCGUCGGCGGUUCCACCCGUAUUCCCAAGGUGCAGAAGCUCCUUCAAGACUUCUUUAACGGCAAGGAGCUGAACAAAUCCAUCAACCCCGACGAGGCCGUCGCAUACGGAGCCGCGGUGCAAGCUGCCAUCCUGCACGGCGACAAGUCCGAGGAGGUGCAAGAUCUGCUGCUGCUCGACGUGACCCCACUGUCGCUCGGUAUCGAGACCGCCGGCGGAGUGAUGACCACGCUCAUCAAGCGCAACACCACCAUUCCCACCAAGCAGACCCAAACCUUCACCACCUAUUCGGACAACCAGCCUGGAGUACUCAUCCAGGUGUACGAAGGCGAGCGCGCCAUGACCAAGGACAACAAUCUCCUCGGCAAAUUUGAGUUGACUGGCAUCCCUCCCGCGCCUCGUGGCGUUCCCCAAAUCGAGGUCACCUUCGAUAUCGACGCUAACGGCAUCCUCAACGUGUCCGCUGUCGAAAAGUCUACCAACAAGGAGAACAAGAUCACCAUCACCAACGACAAGGGCCGUCUCUCGAAGGAGGAGAUCGAGCGCAUGGUCAACGAGGCGGAGAAGUACAGGAACGAAGACGAGAAGCAAAAGGAAACCAUCCAGGCCAAGAACGCCCUGGAAUCCUACUGCUUCAACAUGAAGUCCACCAUGGAAGAUGAGAAGCUCAAGGAGAAGAUCUCGGACUCUGACAAGCAGAUCAUCCUGGACAAGUGCAAUGACACCAUCAAGUGGCUCGACUCUAACCAGCUUGCUGAUAAGGAAGAGUAUGAGCACAAGCAGAAGGAGUUGGAAGGUAUCUGCAACCCGAUCAUCACGAAGAUGUACCAGGGUGCGGGCGGAGCCCCCGGCGGCAUGCCUGGUGGUAUGCCCGGCGGUAUGCCAGGCUUCCCAGGCGGAGCACCCGGCGCUGGCGGCGCAGCCCCCGGUGGCGGCGCCGGACCCACCAUCGAGGAGGUUGAU